AUACGACUUGUAGUUACGUUAAUACAUCAUAAACUAUCAACCACAGAGGAUUUUAUUCUGUAAAGUUAUCGCGUUUUUCAGCCUCUAGUGUCUGUUAAGACAGGAGCAACAGGUGACGAAGUUUAAGAGCACUAAAGUCCUCGUAAGGAGGCAGGUUGGGGUAAAGUAAUCAGUAAAACAAACACAGGGCUUUCACCCAGGAGACAGUUUCUUUUAAACUUAACAACUUAACCAAACUGCAGGCCAGGCUGUCCUGAUUCAUUUUCAGGCUGCUCACGAUACCUUUUCACCCACUCACUCUUUUCAGGUAAAAACACAGAUGUAAAGGAUGUCAUAAAUAACACCCACUUGUUGUGAGAAAAGGCUGUAUAGCAGAUGAAAUUGAGACCGAAGGAAGGUUAUAUACAAAAUUAAAGAAACCCAUCAUGAAUGAAAGAACAUGUUGUUGCUGUCAAACUAGCAGGUUGAGAAUCAUCUUCACUUUCAUACUCCAUGAUGACAUAGCUGAAGCAUUUUAACAGACCAGUCUGCUUGUUAUGUUCUCCAUUUUGAAGUAUAUCAGGGUAUUACCUUUUUUUAAUACUACAGUGUAUCAUUGUUGGUCUGAUUUCUUUUUAAUAAAACAAAAAAACUGACAUUGUUGAAGAAAAUGUGCAAAAAUGAAUGAACAAAGUUUGUUUCCCUCAAGCAACUUCUCUCCCCUCCACUCACGCCCCUUCUCCCACAGAGAACUAAUGGCUGAUGGUAAUUACAUUUAAUGAGAUCAUGGGGUCGUCUGCAGAGUGCACUUCUGCAAAUUGCUCUCAGCGUGGGGUCUGAAGUGGGAUAAGGUAGGGGGCGAUGGGGCAGGUGAGGUCAGGGCCAGGAGUGUUUGCCCAGUGUUUUGACCCACAGUGGCUUUACCCGUCACUCAGUGAGCAGUGAAACAUGUCGUGCAUUUGUCUGCCUUUGUCUUUCUCAUUUGUUUGUCUGGCAGAGAUAAGCACACAGAGGUGGUGCUCGGCUCCAUUGUGUGAUGCUGUUGUCAGCCCAUCACGUCUAUCCAUCCCCUCCCCGCCCCCAUCUCCCUUUCUCCCUGCUCCACGACUGGUCAUUUUGCCACUAUUUUCUGGCUGCGGGGGGUGACCCGGGCAAUUUGGUUAGUCCAUUAACAACUAAUUGUCUCCUCCUACCCUGUUGCUUGGGCAAACAGACCGGUGGGGGGUAAAGUCAAGCCUUGGUGACCUAUAAAUGUCAUGAAGAGGAGGCAGCCACUGUCUCUGCAUGGAUCUAUGCAGUACACACUUACUGGGACAUUUGGAUUUGCGGUGGAGCCAUAGCUUGGGUCACCCAGUCUUGAGUUAAUUGUUUUCAGUCUCUCUUGCUUAAGUAUUCAUUUUUGUUAUUAUUUUGUUGGUGGAAAUGUUGGGGAAUCUGUGGAUGCUCUGCCUGUGUCUCUGCUUCUCCUGGACCCAAGCUCGUAUAUGGGCCUGGAUGCUCAACAUGCCUCACAGCCCCCCCAAAGAAGGAGCAAAGGCGCCUAGAGAAAGCACUCCAGUAGCCAAAGCAAUCACGGCUGUGUGCGACCAUGACAGGGCCUGUGGACGGGGUUUCUCCUGUGAUCGACACUUUGGUCUUUGUGUUCCUCUGCGAGGGGAAGGCCACUACUGUCGCAGGGAUGCCCAAUGCGUCCGCGGACUCAGCUGCAUGUUUGGGAAGUGCCACCGCAGCAUCCCCAACGGGCAAGAGGGUGCCAGAUGUAAAGUUGACAGGGAUUGUGGGACAUCAAUGUGCUGUGCUCGACACCACGGUGAGCAGGUGUGCAAGAGACGUCUGAUCAGCGGGGAGAGCUGCUAUGUUCCCGAUGGUGGUCUGGCAUUCAGCAUUAACCAGAUUUGUCCGUGUGAUGAGGGGCUAUUGUGUCGAAAAAACGGGGCAUCACACCAAAGAGAGAGAGAUUUUAUUUACCAGCUAGAACAAACAAGUUGGACCUGCCAAGUGGCCAAAUCUUGAUGCCAGCCUCAACAUUAAAGCAAUUUAUUGUGUAAAUAUGUUGUAUAUGAUUAUAUAUAAAGAUAUGUAUGUAUUUUUCAAGUGUGUUGUACUGCUACAUGUUCUUAUUAGAUUUUAACAGCAAGGAUGUUUUUUAUGUCAUUUUGUAGAUUUUGACAAAAGCACUACUCUAUGUAGAUCAGCAAUGCUUUACAGUAUCUUACUCAGGCCUUUAAUGAUCUUUGAUUAUAUCUAGACAUGUUUG